AGGUAGGCCAUGUUGUCAGAAUGAAUAAUUCUGUAAACAUGGGAUGCAUCGUGGAAAACACCUUUGUCCAAACGCUUCUUCAGAGGUGUAGCUGUGGUGUCUGGACACCAAAAUUCUUUCUAGCUUGUGACGCUUCUGACGUUGACCAGAAGGGGGGAGACAUUGCAAGUGCAAUCGCACAUGUCCGCUGGAGAUCUCGAUUUUUCGCGGAGAUAAAAACAAAAUGUUAUCCUGAAACGCUACAUCGUGAAUUUCAGUUCCACAAUCGAAGUUCGAAUCAUAUUCGUUGCAGUCCACAUCUAAGCGACUAAAACAACAUGGCAAGCUCAUCUCCGCGGUUCACAUGGUGCGCCUGUCGGAAGCACAAGAUCCCAUCCAAGGAUACCCACGAGCAGUGUUUGCACUGUCUGGGCAUUCAGCAUGCGAAAGAGGCCGUGCUGGAGUACGGAAAAUGCCCUCACUGUGCCAAAAUGGACUGGAGCUCCUGCAUCAACCGCCUUACAAAAGUGCAGGAAGUGAUGCAUCGCGAGAGUCAGCAACGGAAGCACGAAGCCGCACAGGCUGGGGCGCAACCCAAACCUGAGACCACAACGGCGUCUGUUACCGACGCCAAACCUGUCCAGGAUGUAGUCUGCAGUACUCAGCCUGUCCCUCGGCCUGUGGUGGCCACCCCUGGCCCCACAUCGUCCACUAUGCCAGUGAUGUUCACUAUUCUAUCUCCUCCCCCUGUACCUGCCGAGUCAGAUGCUGGUGUAGUGAAGGGGGCCUUUAUGUCCCAUGUCGCUAUUCAACAGUCAGCAGACUCCACUCCAUCUCUGAGUUACCAGACAUCCCACCCACUAUCCACCAGUUCUCACAAGAGGAAGCGCCUGUCCAAGUGUCACACGCGCUGCUCGAAGCACUUCAGCAGGAGCCAUGGACAUAGGAGGAGGUGCUCCUCGUCCUCAUCCUCCUCACCUUUCUGGAGUUCCUCAGACUCCUCCUGCACAUCUGCCCUGAGGGAGAAGCGGAGGCGCCGAGAGGGCCGGCGGUCUCAGAAGCCAAAGGAGCUGCACGACCGCCUUCUCCAGGUGGUGGAGCAGAAGCUAGAAGCGCAGCAGCAGGCCAUGCAGAUCCAGUGGGCCAUGAUGGAGAGGCGCCUGGAGGCUCUGGAGAAGAAGGAUUCGGAGGCAGCAGCAGCAGCAGCAGUAGCAGUCUCCUCGGCCCCAGCUUGCAGGGCAGUCCAUGUCCCCCAACCGUCCACAUCCUCUCAGGGCGAGGAACAGAGAGACUGGUCUGGAUCCACCAGUGACGCUGUGGUGACUGGUUCCAUUCCUUUGACCAUCAUCAAACAGGAGGAGGAGGCGGCUUCAAAACCAGAGGCAACCACUGAGGCAGAGAGACAGAGUGGACCUUCACGUGCUGAGGGUGCAGUUUCCAAGCAAGAUAUCCUCACUGCCAAAGAGCUUCAAAGUCUCAUUGCACGAGCAGCCAAAUACCUGGGUGUAACUUUCCCCAAAACAUCUCCUAAUCUGCCAGAUCCAACCAUGGCGUCUGAAUUUGAGGAGUUGGUGCAAAGCACGUGGCCCAACCCAGCCAGCUCCAAGCCGUUCCGAGAGGUGUGCUCGGAGAUGUACAGGCUGAAUGAAAGCCAGGCUUUAGCCUAUGACCGGAUGCCGCAAGUCAACAGGUUCAUGUCUGCCAUUUUCCAAGCGGUCAAGCCCACGGACAGUAUAGAGCAGGGAGUACCGGCUGAUCGCUGGCGCCUUACUGAGAUGCUGACCGAGGGCACAUACCAGACAGCUGGCAUGCUUGCCAAAACUGCCAACUACCUGCGUUACUUGUCGGACUAUCAGCAACGACUGCUAGUGGAGAUCACAGAAGACCACCCUGCUCAGCGCUUUGUGACUGUCCUCAACGAGCUGAAGCUUAUUGGUCAGUUUGCCCACCAGCUCUCCUCUCACCAAGCAGAGUUAUCAGGAAGGGCCAUGGCUGCAUCAGUAGCCAUCAGGAGGCAGAUUUGGAUGGCCAAGACUAAUUACACAGACGCACUGAAGGCCACAGUGGCAGACCUGCCCUUUGUGGUGAGCCAGAGCGUGGGUGUUGGUUCUGGUGGUUCAAGCUCCAGUGACAACCUGUGCAAACAGGAGCAUUAAACUUAAUGCUGAUUCAGAGAGAACUUUGCAUACUUCAUUACUGUGUACAGAUACUGGCAAAUCUGUGGUGUGACUGCUGUCUCUUGUCUUGUGACGUAACUGUGUUUACUGCCUUUGGAAAUGCAAGGAUUACAGUAGAAUUAUUCUGAGAUGUAACCAUUUAGCACUGACAAACAUCAAGAGGCUGUACUCACACAUGGGUUUGUACAGUCACCUUUUCAUCAAUGUGUUUUAAUACACUCUUAAGUGUUCAUAUUAGAUAUUGAUGAUUAUUUAAUUGUUUAUCAAGAUAUUACAGCAUCUGUCCUUUUUUUACACAUGUGAACCCAAUUUGUCAUAUUCAAGAUCAGGUCUGUAAGUAACUUCUUAGUCAAUUAAUGGGCAAAACACUUGGGUUAGGUGCAUUGUUUUCUAAAUCAGAACCACUAUAGAUCAUUCCUCAAGCUAUUACUAAGAGGCCUUUGAUCUAAAUCUAAAAUUGAUUUGAAAUAUGUUCAUUCAGUUCAUGGUCUUCUACCUCAGUGUUCCAGUUCUGCAGAUCACAAUUGUAACAUUUUUAAA